GAGAGUUAACUUACGGGUGGGCAGUGUGGGGUGUAUGCUUAAGUGGACGUUUCAAAAUUUUCGGGCUUGAAUCUCGAUGAAAAACACGCAAACCACGACGCGACAUCCGCGUCUUUGUCUGCAUCCAUGUGACUUAAGAGCUCUGCCUAACCACACAUAUAUUUUGUAAUAUGGGAAUCUGCUUGGACACUGAACGAGCUGAUGGUACAAACGAUUUUGAGGAGGAGACCUGGACUAGAAAUUCACCAAGGAACCCAGAAGAUAUGACUGGAGGGAUGCAACCUGUACAUAAUGAUAGUGAAGUAGAAUUUGAAGUACCUAAUGUGCCUGUAAUUUUCGUUUUAGGUGGUCCAGGAAGUGGAAAAGUAACUCACUGUGAUAAUUUGAUGCAAGAAAAUAAGGGAAUCACCCACAUAAAUAUGACAGAUCUGUUACAACAAUAUGCAAUAGGAAAUGAUAUGAAAGAUUUUGGGUUAUUAUCUAGUAAGACAGUAACAGAAGUAUUAAUGUUGGAAAUGAAAAUGGCUGUGAAAGCUAAAACCUACAUCAUUUCUGGCUAUCCAAGGAAUAUGAGAGAUGUAGUGGAGUAUUCAGAAAAAAUUCAGACUGUGAGUGGUGCUGUAUUGAUUUCUUGGAGACAAAAAAUUUUAGAACGACAAAUAGACUAUGGUGCCAAAUUAGGACAAGUGGUUUUAUCAUUAGCUCGUAUGGAAUUGAAUAAUUUUUACAAAAACGUUAUCCCCGUAGCCGAAUAUUUCGAUCAAAAUGGACUUUUGCUAACAAUCAACGGUGAACGUCAUCCCUCAGAAGUAUAUAGCGAUUUCAAAUCAAGUCUAUUUCGAAUCUUAGGCCAGCAGGAUAAUCCACCAGUUUUCAGCAAUGGAAAGGUUGCUCCUAUCCCCAGUGACGUAUCUACAGAACUUCCCACCAGGCAAUCAUUCGCAUCAAUAGCACAGGGUAAAGAAGCGGAAAGAGAACAAACUGAAGUAGAAAGACCUAAAACUCAAAUAAUAUCGGUUAAUGCUAAUAAUGCAGAAGCUUAUUCUACCCCUGUGAAAAAUGGAUGGCCACCUGUGAUUUGGGUAAUUGGAGGACCAGGAAGUAAUAAAGCUGCGCUUUGUAGUCAAGCUGCCAGAGAUACAGGAUGGGCCCACGUGAGUUUGGGCAAAUUCUUGAGAUCAGCAGCAGAACCUCCUGAACUACCAAGAAGCAAAGAAGCUAACAGGAUCAAAGAAUGCAUAACAAAUGGGGAGUUGGUUCCUCUAGAAUUGGUUAUGAAGUAUGUAGAGGCAAAUCUUUCGAUGAACCUCAUGGUACCAGGAGUUAUUCUAGAUGGUUUCCCAAGAGAUAUGCAACAAGUUACGGAAUUCGAGGCCAAAUUCAAACAGAAACCUACAAUGGUACUUUUAGACUGUAGUAAGCUUCAACUUGGCAGAGGAAGACUAGAUGACAGUGUCACAGCUUUCAGGAGAAGACUUGAAAUUUUCAGGCAAUCUUCUUUACCUAUGCUGAAGACAAUGGAUCAAAUAGGAAGGCUAACAAUUGUUGAUGGUGAUACAGACAAUUCUUCAGUUCAGGAAGAUUUCAGGAAUGUGAUACAGGGAUUGGUCGACUAUAUGAAAAAUGAUAGGAAGAUGGAAGAUGUCCAUUCCAACGGCUAUACAGCUUUUGUUCCAAAUGGCGUUGUAACAAAUGGUCAUGCUAUACCUCCUUCUGACAAGCCUGUUGAGACAAUUAGUCAAAAAGUAGUUAAUGGUGCUGCACAUUUGUCCAAUGGCGUAGCGAAGGAAGUAUCUAACGGCGUUUCUAAUGGUUUUGCAAACGGAGUUCCAAAUGGUAUUGCAAACGGCGUUGCUAAUGGUAUUGCAAACGGCAUUCCUAAAAAUAUGGCGAACGGUAUCUCCAAAGGUAUGACAAAUGGAGUAGCUGCUAUUGCAAACGGCGUAGCCAAUGGCAUUUCUCAUCAAACCAACGGCUAUAUACCUAAGAUGAACGGAGCCAAAAAUGCUGUUAAAAAGAUAGCGAACAAUGGUUUACCAUCUUACACUAGUUUAGCGAACGAUAGACAUUCUAAUCAUAGUGAAAUCAACUAUAUGGAUGCACAUAUCUAAUACAACGAUUUGGAGUAGUGAUAAAUAAUGGCAAUUGCGGCUGAAUUAUGGUGCGUCAUUGCAGAUUUUUUUAUGACAUACUUCGAGUAUUUCGAACAAUUUGUCCGUAAGUUUAUACAAAUCUAAAAGAGAACAGUUAGUUCUGUAUAUUUUAAAUAGUUAUUGUAACGAUUUUAAUAAAGUGGAUAUUAGGUAGGUAGAUAAAUCUAGCAUAUUAUUUCUAUGGAAAUAUGUAGAACUUAAGAAAUUCAUAUUGAGAAAUAAAUUGAAAUAAAAAUUAACAGUUGAUCUUGUACAGGAUGUCCCUAAUCUGACGCUCACUGAGAGCAUGUCGAAAACUAUUAGAUUUAGAGAAAAAAUCAUCAAAGAACCCUUGAUCUCUUUCUUCAAAAUAAUGAGAUAUCAGAAAGAAGAUCAUAGUUACGAGUAUCUUGAUUCGUCCUCGAGUUACAGGGCGUUUCCAAAAUAAAAAACUUAUUCAAAGAGUCCGCUAUAUCUUGGUUUCUG